UUGUUACAAAAUUAUUUGCUAGGUUUUAUGUAUCAAAACUGAAAUUUAAAAGGACGUGUUAAUGAUUUAAAUUUGGUUUAAUUUAAGACGUUUUAACACAAUAUUUAAUAUUGACUGAGACAUGUGUAUGCCAUAAGGGUAUCUCGGAGGACAUGCUAGAAUUUUACACUAGCGAAACAAGAAGACGCAAUCGUAACACUUCGUUCAUCUCCGGAGUCUCCGUAAAGAGUGCAAUUAAAAGCCGGUUAGGUCAAGAGUGAGGAAGACGUUCAAAUAUUGUUUAAUCGUGUUCAGUUAAAUGCAGAUAAGAUACUCAUUGUAAAUAAGAGUAUGUCAAGGGAGAAGGCAAAGAAACCUACGAAGGAUUUUGUGUCAAGGAAGGACUGGAAAGAUCCUCUGAAAAACGCGGGUCCACGCGUCGACCCCCUGCGGGUCUCUCCAUCGAAGUUCAAAUUAUCGAAAUACAACUAUUCCACCGACCUGCCGAAAGUUAACAACGACGCAAUUGUACGGAAACCUUAUGUUGAAUACAAAUUGCCAGAUAUUGACCCAGUUACUGGACGGCCCCGGAGAAAAUACCAAAGAAAACCACCGCCGGAAAAUCAACCGAAGCCUCCCCCAAAGCCUAAACCAGCUGAGGAAGUUAAAGAAAUUAAAAAGCCGACAGAAGUUCCUAUCGCGACAUACGAAGGGUAUUCAGCCACGGGAACUAUUAAGCGUACAUUAGUGUUGCAAUACGGAAAGUCUUACUGAGCUCAAAUAGCAUCAAAGAUGCGCUGUUCCAAUGCCCGAGCGUAUUCGACAAAAUUCUUCUCAACAUGAACGAGACCAUUUACCAUUGAACUAUGAUUAACCAUUCAAGUAUUCUAUGUAUGGUGUAUUGUUUUACUAAGUUAUUUCAAUUGUCUUGCUUUUCUUUUUAUUACAAAUCCUUAUAUAAAAAGAGUCAAACACUUAAUAACAUUUAGGAAUCAAGUUUCAAGUAUUUUGUAUUUAUUUUUUUUAUACCACAUUUAUAUAGCGCCCUUUUCAUACUCGAGAUGUGCGUUCAAAGGCGCUUUACCGUUUUUACCCUGAUCACUGGGUCAUAA